AUGGCUGAAUCACCGCAAGAAACCGUUACAAAACACCUCUCGGACGCUAGCAAACCGCUCAGACCGAUACUCACCUCUUUAAAUGGCGAUAACAGCUGGCUGAUGUCAUUCCCUAGGCCUGAGGAGGAGAGGGUUGCCACAGGGAAGGUCUUCUACCAUCUUGCUUUUGAACCAUGGCUGAAUGGAGCUGCCCACGUUGGACAUCCAUGGUUCGUACACCUUGCACGUGUUGAAAAGGAGGGCAUUUCGACCUUUGAAGACCUGGAGACUCUGAUUCGCGAGAUCGAGAAAGCUGCCUCGGCGCACUUGCCAGCAAAUGCUCAAGCCCAAGAGCCAAGACAACUCGAUGCUGUCCUUCUUGGUUUCUUCUACUCUGACCAUCUACAUCCACAGACUCUAAAGACAUUUCCUCCCGAGAUUCCGGUCAUAGCAACGGCACCUGGCGCUGCUAUCAUCGAGCCAUGGAAUCACUUCAAGACCAUCAAAAUCAUCAACAACUUCGAUUCAUCGGCGACAACUUGGAACUCACCAGACCUACAUCCAGGCGAACCAGUUCCGAGAUGGUUUACACCACUGAUGAUACUCGGCAAAAGCGAACUGAACUUUGUCUUUGCCAUAAUCUGGUCCCAUACCGCGAACGGCGAAGAGGUCCACGAAGCAAUUCUAGACUCCCCUCACGGUGUACAGCUCGACGCAAAACCCCUCGAAGCAUUCCUCGCAUCAGAGCCCAAGACUAAGAAGCUUGCGAUGCUGCACGGCCUUAAAGAGAGUCAUACUGGCGGUAUCCAAACAUGUUAUGGCGCCAAAGGUGGUCUUGGACUGCACCGAAAGGUUGGAGGCGUAGAACAUUGGGUUUCGACGCACUCUUCUGAGCUGAAAUACACGGGGAUAUUCAUGAGGCUCGUUUGGACUACUGAUACGCCGAGGACAAUCGAGUGGGCUUUGGAAGAGGAGAAAAAGGAGCAUCCUGAUGAAGAGUUGUCUGGACCACCGAAUUUCAUCAAGGUUGCGAAUGGUGCAUCGACAGUUUUGACGUGUUGA